GCCGAAUGAAACAUCAUUUAUUCUCACCUCCUCUUCUUCUCUGCUGCCCAACAGGUCACGAAGACAAAACCCGCCGUCAUGUCUGAUAAGAAGAUGACUUCCAGCCGCAGGCAUCACCUGAAGAGUUUGAUGCUUCAGAUCGCGGCCAAAUGGAUUCUGGAGGAGAAGAAAGAGAACGAAGAUGCCAAGAAGGCCUACAUGGCCGAGGCUUGUCCUUCGCCAAAUACACGCGGGGACCAGGCCGCCCUCAUGGAAACCUGCAAAAAAUUGGCCGCUCUCAUCGACAGAGUGGACGAAGAACGGUACGACCUGCAUGCCAAAGUGGGAAAAGCUGAUAAAGAGAUCGAAGACCUGAAGAUCAAAGUGGUCGACCUGGCCGGAGUGAAGAAACCUGCCCUGAAAAGAGUGCGCAUGUCUGCCGACGCCAUGCUGAAGGCCCUGCUGGGCUCCAAGCACACGGUCAACAUGGACCUGAGGGCCAACCUGAAGCAGGUCAAGAAGGAGGUCAAGGAGGAGUCCGUGGAGGCCGGCGACUGGCGUAAGAACAUCGAGGACAAGGCCGACAGGAAGAAGAUGUUUGAGACCUCCUAAAGACUCCAGCCGCCCGUUAGCACAGUUUUUAUGCAAUUUAUAAUUGAAUUAAAAGAAAGCUUUUUUUGUUUGAUUAAAACUAUGAGUCUCAACUCGGCCUGUUUUUGCACAUUUGGACCUUUAUUCUGAAAUGAGACUUCCGGUUUCCUCCUUUACUGUCGAGGUUCACUUUGGACUACUUCCUGCAUCAUAUUGUCUUUAGCAAUAAAUGUGUUUAUUUCCCUC